AUUUCAGAUACUCCCUUUCACCUAACAGCAUCUUUCUUGAGAGAGAGCGAGCGUGGAAAAGCGGAACACCUCAACUAAGGCACCAGAUCAUUGGCAGUGACGAUGACUUGCACCUGUCCAAAAUCGUCUUUCAAAAAUAAACGUGACAUCCUUCUCAUCUUUGUGAAGUUAUCUUCUUUCUUUUGGACGCUCCUCUGCUGCGAAAAGCGUGUGUCUUGAAUGCACAUGCAACAUUUUGCGGUCUCUGUGAUCUCAAAUCUCACGACUUAUAUGCCCCCAAUGCGUGAAAGAGACGAAACAAUAGCGUGUGGGUGAGCAACGUGAUUAACGUCAACGCUUGAGACAUCCCACGAUCACUUCAUAGUCAUGCACAUGUGAACAGAUUGUCAAAAAGGGAGAUUCUCUUGUCGAGAGAGCAGCUCUUCAUUCCUAAAGAAAGAAUACAGAUUGGGCACAUCCAUCGCAUUUUUGGCAUACUAGAAAGUUUCUGGACCCAACUCUCUAGCUCAAUAGACAUACAUCAGAUGCGCGACUCUUAUUCCGACAAGAAUCUAUUGGAUCCCGAGUUGGAGCUGCAUUCCGAAGGCACUUUGUCAGAGGACGCGGAACACAGCGAAGAUCUCCUUUCAAUAAUGGAACACGUACACUGUCAACACGAUACGAUUCACCACGAUCGCAACCUUACCUCUCAACCCGUUCCACAGCCACCUAGUACAAUGGAGAUAAAUUCUAUUCUUGUCUCACAUGCCGUACGACCACUCUCCGAGAGACUUGAAAUGUACAGCGACGAAGAGUCAAAAACGGAGAGCUUUGAUGCGGACGAUUUUUCACAUGCGCCUUCACAAUCCUCUAGCAACGAAGUUUCGCGUUCGGACCUGUGUGCUGGGCAAGCUUUUCGCGAUUCGAUCCAAUCCAUUCGGGACGCAGCUUCCCGUGUUGAGACCGCAAUGGCCCUCGAUCAAUUGGAAACGAUUCGCCAGGAACUUCGUGUCAAGUCGAGUGAACUGCAGGACCAAAGUGGCCAAGUCGAAGAACUUAGAGCGCUACUUGCCCUAAAAGAGAAUCGUAUGUCCACACUUGAACUGGAACGAGACUUGUAUAAAGCGGACAGCAGCAAACUGAAAAAGGAUUUGGCUUGCCUAAAGGCCAAGUCGUCUUUGGCGGAUAUACCAACUCCGUGUACGGUCGAGCUUGAAAACGAUGACGAAUGGCCGGUAUGCGAUACUUCGCAGAGCGCUUCUUCCUCUCAUCAGAGCAGUGUGAUACUCCUGCCACAACUUCGCUACGUUGUUACCAGACCUGAUCUUACUCAAGAGGGUACGUCUUCAAUAAUGGAGCCUUCGAACCCUGGAUUAGGUAACGCACCUAAACUGGAACUAUCUGAAUAUGCGCGAUGGCUACAAAGUAAAAAGGUACGGUAUCCUUUACCUUGUGAGAAGCCAUCCAUCCUUUGUGGUGCCUCCCGGAAUCGCGGUCGCGGUUUUUUACCCUUUCGAAAAAAAGUUCAACCACAAGGGAAAGCCCCUAUCCAACCUAUUCUGGAUAAUUCUUCUGGUACCUCGUUACAAAUGCAUGUUGACGAAUUGAGUGGUCGGCUAAAGGCUGCUAUGGACAUAUCGGAGGAGCUCCGACGUAGACUUGCCAUGAUCAGUCGUUACUAUGAAAGUCUGAUUCGAAAGCAGCAAAAAGGGCUCACGGAUCUUAGGUCGGACCGAGCAAAAAUGGAGGCGGAUUUAGUCAGCCAAAUCUCUGCUAUCGAUUUGGACAGGCGAAAACAAAUCGCAGCUCUACAACAAAAACUGGAAAAUGCCGAGAUGGAACUGAAAACGUACAAAACCAUAUAG